CUCUCAAACAAAUUUAUUUGUUUUUGUAAUUGAUUGAAAAAGAAAGAACAAAAAAAAAAAAGGGGGGGGGGGGGGGAUAAACAGAGACAGAAGAUGGCGACGGCAGAAUCGUUGGUGGCGCAAAUCCAAGGGCUAUCAAGCAACGCGGUGGAUUUAGGUUUGUUAUCAAUUCACUUGAAGAAAGCAGAUGAAGUGCUACACAAUGAGUCGACUCGGCUUUUGGCUUUUCUUGAACAGCUCGACCCGACUCUUCACUCACUCGGUUAUCUUUAUUUUUUAGAGGCAUGCACUUCUGGGCCGGUUACCAAUGAGCAAGCGAGAAGACUGGUUUUGAUCCUUUCCAGGUUUCUCACUUGUUGUGUUGCAGACCAGAUUCGUUUGGCGUCGGAAAAGUUCAUAGCUGUUAGUAAGAGAUUCAAAGACCAAGUUUUGAUGCUUGAAGUACCAAUGCGUGGUGUGGCCCCUUUGCUGGAAGCUGUGAAAAAACUACGCUCAUCCUCUGAAUAUUUGACUGCUUUGCAUCCGGAUUUUCUUCAACUUUGUUUGUUGGCUAAGUGCUAUAAAACUGGUCUUUCCAUUCUGGAGGAUGAUAUUUUUGAGGUUGAUCAGCCACGGGACUUUUUUCUCUAUUGUUAUUAUGGGGGGAUGAUAUGUAUUGGACAAAAGCAUUUUCAGAAAGCACUGGAGCUUCUUCACAAUGUCGUGACGGCUCCUAUGUCUUCUAUAAAUGCUAUAGCUGUUGAAGCAUUCAAAAAAUAUAUAUUGGUUUCUCUCAUUCAAAAUAGACAGUUCUCAACCAGCCUCCCUAAGUACACUUCUUCAGCAGCUCAGAGAAAUUUAAAGACCUUGUGUCAGCCCUAUAUGGAAUUAGCAAGUAGUUAUAGCAGUGGAAAAGUUUCAGAAUUAGAGACAUACAUUCAGACAAACAGGGAGAAGUUUGAAAGUGACAAUAAUCAUGGACUGGUGAAGCAAGUCGUAUCAUCCAUGUAUAAGAGAAACAUUCAGAGAUUGACCCAAACGUAUUUGACUCUUUCCCUCCAAGACAUAGCCAAAAUUGUGCAACUUAGCAGUCCUAAAGAGGCAGAGAUGCAUGUGCUUCAAAUGAUCCAAGAUGGUGAGAUAUAUGCAACAAUCAACCAGAAAGAUGGUAUGGUUAGAUUCUUAGAGGAUCCAGAACAAUAUAAAAAUUGUGAGAUGAUUGAGCAUAUCGAUUCAUCAAUUCAGAGGAUAAUGACAUUGUCAAAGAAGCUGACUGCAGUGGAUGAACUCUUAUCAUGUGAUCCUUUGUACUUGGCAAAGGCUGGAAGAGAGCGUCAGAGAUUUGACUUCGAUGAUUUUGACCCUGUUCCUCAGAAAUUCAACAUUUAAUGGAAAUUGGAGGAUUUUGGAAUACAAGUGUUAUUUAAUUGAGAAUGAUGUUAGGCUGCUGCACAUGGCUCCAUGUUAAAAGAAAUGGUAAAUUUAAAGCCCUUGUUUCACUUCAGAGCAUAAAGAUUUUUGGCGUCAAAUUUCUUUUCUUUUCCUAGGUUUGUCUUUUAGGUAUAAGCGGCAGAUUAUGAUAGAAGUCCAGUUUAGUUUGCAACUCAUUUCAAGUAUUGUAUACAUGUUCUGUCUAUCUCCAGGACAAAGCUGCCUGCUCUUUAUUCUUAAUAUUUCAUGUGGAGUUUUGAUA